CAUUUCCGGUACCUUUAAAAAAAGUUUCAAUGGGGUGGGAAAAAAAUGAGUGGCAAAGAAGUGUCGGUGUCUGCACAGCCUGGAAAUUAGUCAGCAAAAGAGCAGGGAGAAAGUGAGCCGUGCACCGCAGUGUGAGAGAUCAAGCAGAAGUGAGCCCAUGUACCGUAUCUGCUGCUCGGAGACCUGUGAACUGGAUACACGGAGAACGAACACCCCCUUGCGAGGCCAAUGACCUUCUACACAGUGCGUUUCCAAUGCUAGCUGAUCGACUCACUGGUUUGUGUCAGAUUCUGUGAUGGAAAAUCGGGAUGAUGAAAGCAGCCACCAGCAAAAUAGCACAGGGAGCGAAGGAGGUGACAGCACUCCUCCCCCCAAGCGCAAGGGCAAGUUCUCUACGCUGGGCAAGAUCUUCAAACCUUGGAAGUGGAGGAAGAAGAAGAGCAGUGAGAAGUUUCAGGAAACUUCAGAAGUCUUGGAAAGAAAGAUGUCGAUGAGAAGACCACGGGAGGAGCUGAUAGAGCAGGGAGUUCUGAAGGAGAUUCCUGACAAUGGGGCAGAUGAGGCUCAUGGUUCCAAGCCCCCAUAUGUAAAGAAUGGCCACACGCUGCCUGUAGGGGGUACAGGGGGAAGUGGAAGUCGGGGAAUUGAGACUUUUCGGCCUACACACGAUCUACAAUUCAGGUUGAAUCCAGAGCGCAGGUUUCGUGACCCUGAUGCAGAUCGCCGUGCACUGACUAGCCAGGAUGAGGGUUGGCGAGGUGGACGGGCUGCAAUAGACGAGUGGAAGCCGAGUGUGGGCUGGCAGGUAGAGGAAAUAAAACACGGAGGCAGAAUGCACACAGAUACAGAGAGGAAGCCCGCUCUGAUCAAAGCCCCAUCUGAGGAUGGCAGAAGAACUCGCCCUGAGGUUGAUUGGAAGCCCAGCCUCCCCCGCCACUCAUCUGCUGAGGAGGGCAGAGGAAGGAGAGAAUCAGACAGCAGUCACUAUGAUCCCGAGGCUCUGAGGGACACCCUGCGUGAGCCUCUGCCCCCAAAGCAGACCAUCAUGGCCCCCAAAUGGCUGAUGAGUUCCACCACAGAGCCUGGCACUGAGGCCUUGCCCCACACACCCGUCCACACCCCUGCAACCUCAUUCUCCUCCUCCUCGGUCUGCUCCAACUCUCCGUCGUCUUCCGUCUCCAACACAGCCGCAAAAACCAUGCGGACUGCCUCACCUGCUGUGUCCAGCAUGCCCCUGGCAUCCUCCUCCACCCAGUCCUCCGCCCAAGGACCAGUGCCAACACAGCUUGCUCGGCAGCCCCCUCUCCCUCCACCCAAACCAAUCAACCGCACCACCAACGCUGCCAUGCUGGCUUCCACCCUUCACGGGGGUGACCCCUUUCCCCUCUACUGGUCCUGCUGGAAGCGUGAGGCUGACUAUGAUGUCUACCUGUCUCUGCCCGUGUACUUAUGCCGUCGGGCAGGAGGUGGGCGCUCAGCUGAACUCUCACAGGUUGUAGGAAGUGCCAACCCAGCUCCCUCUAAACCAUCACCACCCAUGCCCCCCAAGAGAACCACGCCGGUUACAAAGCGCCAACCUGAGAACUCCGUCCUUCCCAUCUCUUCUAUACUCUCUCUGGAGGACAGGGCAAACAUCCCAGGAGGGUUCCCCCUGCCUCCGCCUCCACCGUCCCCACCUCUCCCCACACAUAUCCCACCCUCUCCUCCACGAGGACACCCCCAUCAGCUACUCCACCAACACUCAUACCCUCAUCCUCUCCCCGACCCAAUACCUGUCCAUUUCGACCCUCCGAGCCCACAGGAAGAGCUACCUACACGUCAAGCCCCCGUGCCGCUGCACAUCAUGAUCCAGCGGGCACUGAUCAGCCCCGGAGCUGCCCUCCCUCACCUGGAUGCUUCACACCGUGCCCACACACUUCUGUUUGAAACUCCUCCAGAAUACCAAGAAUCUCGCCCGCUGCCAGUCACCAUCCAGCCUUUAAAAAUGACUGAAGAUGACUACUCUGAUGAAGAUGAGGAGGAAGAGGAAGAAGAUGAAGAAGAGGAGGAGGAGGAGGAGGAGGAGGACGAUGAAGACGAGCCACCACCUGAACACCUCCCUCACCCUCAAAUGCAGCCAGACAUGGAGCCUCGCAGCCGUAGGUGCCUAGUAGGGGAUGUAAAUAUUCGAAUCAUGCCCGAGGGAUCAGACAGCAGUGAGGACGAGGAAAGAGAGGAAGAUCAGCAGGCUGAUGAGAGCGAUUCAGAUGGCCCUGUGCUUUACAAAGAGGAGGAAUCAGAUGAAGAGGAUGACAGUCCACCGAGUAGUCUGGCCAGCAGGGUGAGAAGGAAGGACACUUUGGCCUUGAAGCUGAGCAGUCGGCCCUCAGCCCCAGACAGACAAAUUCCUGAGAGGCAGACCAGAAUGGAGUACACAGGUCUGUCAUGGCAGAGCAAAGAGCAGUGGGAGGCCAUUCGUACACAGAUUGGCUCGGCACUUACACGGCGGCUGAGCCAGAGGCCUACUGCUGAGGAGCUGGAACAGAGAAACAUUCUGCAGCCCAAAAACGAAGCGGAUCGACAGGCAGAAGUUCGGGAGAUCAAACGCAGGCUCACCCGAAAGUUGAGUCAGAGGCCAACAGUUGCUGAGUUACAGGCCAGAAAGAUCCUGCGCUUCCACGAGUAUGUGGAGGUCACGCACGCUCAAGACUACGACCGCCGUGCUGACAAACCAUGGACCAAACUCACACCUGCAGACAAGGCUGCAAUACGAAAAGAACUCAAUGAGUUCAAAAGCUCUGAGAUGGAAGUACAUGAAGAAAGUAGAAUGUAUACAAGGUUUCAUCGUCCAUAACAACAUCUUCCACACCUUGGAACAUGAAGCACUUGAACACUGGUGACAGGGACUGUGUGUGUGUGUGUGUGUGUGUGUGUGUGUGUGUGUGUGUGUGUGUGUGUGUGUGUGUGUGUGUGUGUGUGUGUGUGUGUGUGUGUGUGUGUGUGUGUGUGUGUGUGUGGUAAAGGAGUUACAGGGCAUUUGUCCUCCCUGACAAGCCGCCCUUCAGUGAAUGUACUGUACAGAUACCUGGAACAAACGAUGAACAAUUUCCUCAAUUGUCUGCCCUUGUGUAAAUAUGACGGGCAGGACGACUAAGAACUGAACAAUCCAGUAUCUCCCGCUGAUGUUGGAGGGAGACAGACAUGUGCCACUAAUGAAUGAGCCUCAAAAAAUGGAUGUCCAGCGUUUGUGCCAUUAGGAGAGCAUCUCUCAGGAAUUGAGAUCCCCUUUAGCAGCAGGGGUCUGCCCUCAGAAGGGGAAAAGAAAGGUCAAGAAGUGACCGUUAUACUUACAUAUUCAUUUUCUUUCCUUUUAGGGAAAUGUUUAAACCAUAACAAAUAAUAGUAUUAAGAAAUGAUAAUAAAUAAUUGUUAGAUUCUGAUGGUGAGCAGAGUUGUGUACAGAUUGACUUUGCAUGGACAAACAGGAAUAUUUGUGUAUGUGUGUAUAGUGUUGUAAUUUUCUCUUAGGCUGAAUCUUUUAAAUGUAUUCCUUAGAAACUGUAAAGCACAAGGUUUUAUGACGCAUUGUUACAUCUGUGUGAAAUGGACAGGUUUAUUUAUGUCUCUCUUGCUUAUAUUUUUCUUUCUUUUGCAGCUUAUUGUUAGAAAGAGGAAGAGGGGAAAGAUGACCAGUUCCUUUAUUUUAGUUUUUCAGUUUUAUUCUUUGCGCAUUUCCCAUCUUAAUUUUCAUUUUAAAAAAUGUAACUACAAUAUUUGCUGUUUUAAUCCACUUUUACUACAUGGAGCUGAUCAUUCCAGUACAAUAUUAAAAUCAUAUUUCAGUUAGGACUGCAUAAAUCUCUGAAUAAUUAUAAAUGUGAAGUCAGAGUGAACAGGCCAAGUCUUGAUACCACACUAUGAAUAAAGUUUAUUUUUUUCCUUUCA